ACGGCACAAGUGAAGGUGUGUUCAUGUCAGCUGAGACGGACGCACGACAGAUCCUGUUUAUGAAGCAGCUCGUCACCCGCGAACAUCCUCCAGUAGUGUAUAAUGUGUUGUUAUUCUGGGAAGUACUACGCCGAACCUGUGUACGUUUACAACAUGUACAUAGCUCUCUGUUACCAAGUGUCAACAUGUGUGUCAAGGUGACACGCCGGGGAGAUAUGCAGGGGGUCCAAAGCAGCGUAUAACGUGGCUUUUUGUUACAUGUAAAGUUUAUAAUAGGACAAACAAUGAACGAGAUGUGCCCGUGAACACGUGCUAGUACAAUAUUUGUCUUGUGUCCGUUUACUAUGCUGACCUGACGCCCUCGUCCUUUCAAGUUUACCGAGUUGCUGUCUGGUUACGUGGUGAAAAUUUGCUCUGGAUUCUGACCUGAACGACUUUCAAGUCUUGUCUCGAAACGGUGCUUCUACAAAAAAGUUCGGGCCUGUCUUUGGGGGGCUAUAUCUAUAGCCUCUGUCAGAACAACCCUCUGUUUCACCUGACACGUCGGUCUGGUCCAGACUCGAUUAUUUACAGACCGCCGUCAUAUAGCUGGAAUAUUGCUGAGUGCGGCGUUAAACAACCAACCAACCAACCAACCAACCUGGGACGUCGACAAGCUUUCACUCGGUGGAGCACUGCUUGAGAACUACACUGGAGAAUCUGAUAGAGGUGUCGCUGCUCUCACAGCACUGUCGUGUACCUGUGAUAAGUACAUCAGUUACAUACACCGAGAGACGGGGCGGUGUGGGUCAGACGGGAGUGCAGACAUGUGAAUCAGAAUCAGAUUUAUAGAGAACGUGUUUAUUCCUCCGGGUUGAAAGACACUUGUGAAAACUUGUGACUCGUCAGCCUAUAAGACAUCAUGACUAAUCUCAGCAAAAAGCGUAUUGUCAUCAUUUUAUCUAUUAUAGUGGUUGCAGUUGCAAUUAUAGCACCCACGGCAUACUAUCUCACCCGUCCUACCGACUCAGGGAGUAAGGAUUCAGGAGGAGGAGGAGGGGUCCCCACGAAUCCCGAGGCCCAGCGUCUGGACUGUUACCCCGAGGCGGAGAGUGGUCUUGAGUCGGUGACGAGGGAGAGCUGUGAGGCCAGGAACUGUAUCUACGCUGGGCCGGGUCAGGCGGGACCCCCCUGCCACUUCCCUCUGGAGGGGUACGGGUAUACGGUGACGGGGACUGAGGACACCCCCCUGGGGUUCAAGGCGUUCCUGACACAGAAGGGGAAAGCCCCUUUCGGAGGGGACAUCAGUUCGAUUGUAUUUGAAGUAGAAAUGCGGCAUGAUGAUAUUCUUAGGUUCACGAUCGAUGACCCAAACUCUUCCCGCUACAAGGUCCCGAUGAAGCUCAACCUGGGGUCCACCAAGGCGUCAGACGCCAAGUACAACGUGGUCAUCACAAACAGAGAUACCUUCGCCUUCCAAGUCACCAGGAAGGCGACAGGCAAAGUCAUCUGGGACACGGGUGUCGGGGGAUUGACGUUCUCGGACCAGUUUCUGCAGAUCGCCACGCGCCUCCCGUCGGACAAAGUGUAUGGACUAGGCGAGAACCAGCACAAGUCCUUCAAACAUGACCUCACCAAAACAUGGCCGAUGUGGUCACGUGAUCAGCCUCCUUGGCAGACAUCCAAUCUGUACGGCGUCCACCCCUUUUACAUCUGCGUGGAGGAUGACGACGGUAACUCUCAUGGCGUCCUCUUGCUCAACAGCAAUGCUCAAGAGUACUCCUUCACUGAGUCGCCCAGUCUGACGUAUCGCACGACUGGCGGCAUUCUGGACUUCUAUGUGUUCAUGGGGAGCACGGCCAACAACGCGGUCCAGCAGUACACACAGGUCAUCGGCCGCCCCUUCAUGCCCCCAUACUGGGCUCUGGGGUUCCAGCUGUCUCGCUAUGGUUACAAUAACAUCGCUAAUCUCAAGAAAGCCGUGGAGAAUACCCGGAGGUACAACAUUCCUCACGAUGUGCAGUACGCGGACAUUGACCACAUGGACGAGCGGAAGGACUUCACUGUCGACGACGUCAACUUCGCCGGCUUGAACGACUACUUCAACGAGCUGAGACAGGAGGGCAUGAAAACUAUCAUUAUAUUGGAUCCCUGCUUGAUCAGCAAUGAGACCAACUACCAGCCCUACGAGAAUAUGAAGGCGGCCCGUGCCAAUAUCAAGUGGCCUUCAGAGUACAAUGCCCCGGAUGACAGCAAGGAUGAAACAAACGCCAUACUUGGAUAUGUGUGGCCAAAAGGCAAGGUUGUGUUUCCGGAUUUCUUCAAGAAUGUCACACGAGAAGUCUGGUCAGACCUUAUUGUUAGCCAUCACAGCAGACUCGCCUUCGAUGGCCUCUGGGUUGACAUGAACGAACCGGCCAACUUUGGGACCAAUGAAGAGCGCCCCUUUAACUGGCCGGAAGACGCAACUCCCUAUUGGAGUACGAAAUGUCCCACCAACAAGUAUGACGAUCCACCCUACAGAACACGAGCGGCCUAUGGCCAUGACGGGACUGUGAAGGCCCGCCUGUCUGACAAGACAAUCUGUCUGUCUACUGUACAAGGGGAUGCGGACCAGUUCAGGCACUAUGACGUACACAGUCUGUAUGGGUGGAGCCAGACCGAACCGACACUCAGAGGUCUACAGAAGGCUACAGGGAAGCGUGGUAUCGUCAUCUCCCGGUCCACGUUCCCUGGUAGCGGCAAGGACGCUGGACACUGGCUGGGGGACAACACAAGUGACUGGGAAGACAUGAGGUUAUCUAUCAUAGGUAUUCUGGAGUUCAAUCUGUUUGGAAUACCUUACAUUGGCGCUGAUAUCUGUGGCUUCUUUGGCAACACUACCGCGGAGUUGUGUAGUCGAUGGAUGCAGCUUGGAGCCUUCUACACAUUCAGUCGCAACCACAAUGGUCUCAACUAUAUAGAGCAAGAUCCUGGUGCUUUGGGAGAUGACGUUGCCCGUGUUUCACGGGAAGCGAUGGAAACUCGCUACAGUCUGUUGCCCUUUCUUUACCACUUGUUCCACUUCGCCCACACGAUCGGGGAGCCGGUGAUCAGGUCCCUUGCCCUGGAGUUUCCAUAUGAAAAGAAUGUGUCCACCAACUUUGAACAGUUCCUGUGGGGCGGCGGGCUACUCAUCUCGCCCAUCCUGUACGAGAAUCAAACCGUUCUAAAAAUGUAUUUCCCCGGAGGAAGAUGGUACAACUUUUACACGCUGGAAGAGACAACUGGUACUGGACAGGAGAACAUGGAGAUGCCGGUCAAGCCGGACACCCCAGUACAACUCCACAUUCGUGGCGGUUACAUCGUUAUUACCCAGGAACCAGCUAACAAUACUCGAAACAGUCGCAAGAAUCCACUAACACUAAAGAUCGGACUCUGCCCUGUGAACGCAGCUAAAGGUUGGCUGUUCUGGGAUGAUGGUGAAUCUAUCGAUACCUAUGAGAAUGGAAAUUAUUACAGUUCAACUUUUUAUACGGAAAAUAAUGUACUGGACCUGACUAUCGAACACAACGCAGUGUCGGAGGUCAAUGACCUCUACAUAGACGACAUCUUUGUCCUCGGUGUGAAUAUCGAAGUCAACCUCGUGAGACUAAUAUCAGAGAACAGAGACCUCAACUUUACAUUUGAUUCUGAUAAAAAGAUUCUCAGGAUCACUGAUGACCUACCGGUGAACAAACCAUUCCAGCUCACCUGGACGCAUGAAACACAGGAUCACUUCUCCCGAAUCGAUUGCUACCCUGAAGCCUUGAGUUGGAAGAUUGGCGUCACAAAAGAAGAAUGCGACAAACGAAACUGUAUCUUCGACAAAGAUGGACGUGCUCCUUUCCCGUUGUGCUACUUCCAGCAAGAGGAUUAUGGGUAUUCGGUCUCUGGACCAGUUGAGCAGACAACUCUUGGUUUCCAGGUACCUCUCACCAGACUUGGAGAAGGGCCGUUUGGAAAUGAUGUCCAGAAUAUUACGUUCAAUGUGGAAAUGAGAGGAAACGACGUCCUAAGAUUCACGUUCGAUGAUCCAGUCACGAAGCGGUAUACGGUUCCUCUCAGUAUGGUUCUGCCAAAGCACAGGGGAGAUAAUCUUACCUACGACUUGGUCAUAACCAAUAACCAGACAUUCAGCUUCCAGAUUGUGAGGAAAAGCACAGGCACAGUUAUCUGGGACACGGGUGCAGGCGGUUUGACGUUUGACGACCAGUUCCUCCAAAUCUCGACCCGCCUGCCAUCUCCAAACGUGUACGGCUUCGGGGAGAACCUGCACGCUUCCUUCAGACACAACAGCUGGUACAAGACCUGGCCCAUGUUCUCCCGGGACCAGCCCACCGUCAACGCCUGGGGGAGCUACAAUAACCACUAUGGCGUCCACCCGUACUACAUGUGUGUGGAAAACGACGGCAACUCUCACGGCGUUCUUCUCCUCAACAGCAAUGCUCAAGACUAUACGUUCUCCCCGAUGCCGAUGUUGACCUACCGCACGACUGGCGGAAUCCUGGACUUCUAUGUAUUCCUUGGGCCAACGCCGGACCUCGUCACCAGUCAAUACACAACGGCCAUAGGACGCCCCUUCCUUCCUCCCUACUGGGCCCUGGGAUUCCAGCUCUGUCGCUAUGGAUACAACAAUAUCCAGAACCUGAAGGAUGCUGUCCAGCGUACUAGGGAUGCCGGCAUACCACAUGAUGUGCAGUAUGCUGACAUAGACCAUAUGGACGAGCGAAAAGAUUUCACCGUCGACCACGUCAACUAUCCAGGUCUCGGGGAAUACUUCCAGGAACUGCAGAGGGGUGGCAUGAAGACCAUCAUAAUUCUGGAUCCAGCUCUGGUCUCCAACGAGACUGACUACGAGCCUUACGAACGCAUGAAGGCGGUCCGGGGGAACAUCAUGUGGCCGAACUCCUCCGUGUCCAUCCCAGGGGGAAGUCAGGAUAGUGAUGGGGCAGUACUUGGAUACGUGUGGCCAAAGGGCAAGACCGUAUUUCCCGAUUUCUUCAAGCCAGAGACCAACCAGGUGUGGAAAGAGUUAAUAGUGAAGCACCACAACGAGUUGCCAUUUGAUGGGCUGUGGAUAGACAUGAACGAGCCUGCUAACUUCGGCACCAACGAGGAGAAGCCCUUCAACUGGCCGGAGAAGGACGAGCCCUACUGGAGUCUCAAGUGUAGCGACAACAAAUAUGACGACCCUCCAUACAUAACCCGAGCUGCCUUUAACUACGAUGGCGAAAAGACUGAUGGACGAAUCUCGGACAAGACAUUAUGUAUGGUGGCUCGACAGGGACACAAUGACGAGUACAGACACUACGAUGUCCACAGUCUGUACGGCUGGAGCCAAACUAGGUCUACCUUACAGGGUGUACGGGAGGCUACAGGGAAGCGUGGUAUCGUCAUCUCCCGGUCCACGUUCCCUGGUAGCGGCAAGGAAGCUGGACAUUGGCUUGGGGAUAACAGAAGUGACUGGGACGAUAUGAGAUUAUCCAUCAUAGGUAUUCUGGAGUUUAACUUGUUUGGAAUACCUUACAUUGGAGCUGAUAUCUGUGGCUUCUUUGACAACACUACCGCGGAGUUGUGUAGUCGAUGGAUGCAGCUUGGAGCCUUCUACACAUUCAGUCGCAACCACAAUGGUCUCAACUAUAUAAAUCAAGAUCCUGGUGCUUUCGGGGGUGAUGUUGUCCGUAUAUCGCGGGAAGCGAUGGAGACGCGCUAUAGACUCUUGCCGCAUCUGUACUCGUUGUUUUACUUUGCACAUGUUAAAGGCGAGACUGUCAUCAGGGCUCUAGUCCAUGUAUUUCCAAAGGACAAGAAUACAUACAGUAACCAUGAACAGUUCCUGUGGGGCGGCGGGCUUCUCAUCUCGCCUAUACUGUACGAGAAACAAAAGCUUCUUAGAAUGUACAUACCCGACGGAAGAUGGUACGGUUAUUACACGAUGAAAGAAGUUACUAAGACUGGACAGAUGUAUAUGGAUGUCCCGGUCAAGCCAGACACCCCAGUACAACUCCACCUUCGUGGCGGAUAUAUCAUUAUUACACAGGAACCGGCUAACAAUACACAUUUCAGUCGCAAGAACCCCUUCACAAUCCUGGUCCCUCUGUGCCCUAUCAACGCAGCUAAAGGUUGGUUAUACUGGGAUGACGGCGAAUCCAUUGACACGUAUGAGAAUGGGAACUACUACAUGUCCACCCUCUAUGCCCAUGACAAUGUACUGGACUUAACUAUCGACCACAACACACUGUCUGAGGUCAAUGACCUCUACAUAGACAACAUCAUUGUCCUCGGAGUGGAGGUGCAGGUCAACACGGUCAGACUGGUAUCUGAGAACAGAGACCUCAACUUCACAUAUGAUGCAGACACAAAGAUUCUCCAGAUCACCGAUGACCUCCCCGUGAAUCAACCAUUCCAGCUCUCCUGGACGUCAGCAUCGCCCGAAGACUACACGAAGAUUGACUGCUACCCAGAAGUCCAAGGUCGUGUGGUCACGGUCAAUGAGACGUCGUGCAAUCAAAGACGCUGCAUCUUCACAGCCGCAGGAGACACUUCCGUCCCGGAAUGCUACUUCCCUCAGACCAACUAUGGCUACCGUGUGUCAGGGUUAGUGGAACAGACUACCCUGGGAUUCCGGAUACCUUUGACCAGGAUUGAGAGUUCCCCUGGUCCCUUUGGAAAGGAUAUUACUAAUGUGACAUUUGAAGUAGAAGAACUUGACAACAACUUGCUCCGAUUUAAGUUCUACGACUCCUCCUUUUCCCGAUAUGAAGUACCUGUUCCUCUGGAGUUGCCGAACACGAGAGCUACGGAACCUUGGUAUCGCCUGGAUAUCACUAAUAAUGACACCUUUGCUUUCCGGAUUAUACGACACAGCUCUGGAGCAGUCCUCUGGGACACGACGGUCGGUGGCUUCACAUUCGACGACCAGUUCCUCCAGAUCGCAACCAGGCUUCCCUCCACAAACAUCUACGGCUUCGGCGAGAACACCCAUGACAAGUUCCGACAUAAUCUGUGGUUCAAAACAUGGCCGAUGUGGUCGCGUGACCAGUGGACGAUGUACAGUACGUACGAGAACCACUAUGGCGUCCACCCGUUCUAUAUGGCUAUGGAGGAAGACGGGCAGUCCCAUGGUGUUCUCCUGCUCAACAGUAACGCCCAGGACUAUUCCUUCACACCGCUGCCAAUGUUGAUCUACCGAACUAUCGGCGGCAUCCUGGACUUCUACAUGUUCCUGGGGCCAGAACCAGAGUCGGUCGUCCAGCAGUACACACAGGUGAUCGGUCGUCCUCACAUGCCGCCCUACUGGUCGCUGGGCUUCCAGCUGUGCAGAUACGGCUACAACAAUCUGUCGUCAGUACAGGAAGCGGUCGACGCCACGAGGAAUGCUGGGAUACCCCAUGACGUCCAGUACGUUGAUAUCGACCACAUGGACGAGCGGAAAGACUUCACCGUUGACAACGUCAACUUCCCCGGUCUCAACACCUACUUCAACACGCUCCGUGCUGGGGGCAUGAGAAACAUCAUCAUACUGGACCCAGCCAUCAUCUCCAACAACACCCGCUACGUGCCCUACGACGCGAUGAAGGCGGUAGGCGGUAACAUCAUGUGGCCCAGCGGUGUCGACAUCCCUGUGGGCAGCAACGACACCGACAACGCCCUGCUGGGAUAUGUGUGGCCGAAGGGCAAGACAGUGUUCCCUGACUUCUUCAAGAACGCUACACGGCGGGUGUGGGGCGAGCUCAUCAACAACCACUCCCGCACUCUCUACUUUGAUGGACUUUGGAUUGACAUGAACGAACCUGCCAAUUUCGGCACCAACGAGGAGAAACCCUUCAACUGGCCUGUCAAUGCCACGCCCUACUGGAGCUUGAAGUGUCCCGUCGGCAGCUUGGAGGAUCCCCCAUACAGAACACGUGCCUCGUUCCACUACGAUAAUGCUGACAGACUUGCCCGCAUCUCAGAGAAGACAAUCUGUAUGACUGCUGUACAGGGAGAGCGUGGGGAAUAUCAGCAUUACAACGUCCACAGUCUGUAUGGCUGGAGCCAGACUGAACCCACUCUUAGGGCUCUGCAGCAGGCGACUGGUAAGCGAGGGAUUGUCGUGACCAGGUCCACGUUCCCGGGCAGCGGCAAGCACUCCGGCCACUGGCUUGGGGACAACGCCAGCAAAUGGAGGGACAUGGUGGUCUCAGUCACAGGCAUCCUUGAGUUCAACCUCUUUGGUAUCCCGUAUAUCGGUGCCGAUAUUUGCGGGUUUUUCGAGGAGACGACCCCUGAACUGUGUAAGCGCUGGAUGCAGCUCGGGGCAUUCUACACCUUCUCCAGGAACCAUAAUGGUAUCGGGUUCAAGCGCCAAGACCCUGGGUCCCUUGGCGAGGAUGUUGCACGUGCAUCACGUGAAGCUAUGGAGACGCGGUACCGCCUGCUGCCGUACCUGUACACACUGUUCCAUCGCGCCCACAGCCACGGCAACACCGUCAUCAGACCUCUACAUCACGCGUUUCCACGAGACCAGACCACCUACAGGAUUGACCGGCAGUUCCUGUGGGGCGCCGCUCUCAUGAUAUCACCCAUACUGCACGAAGGCCAGACGUCACUGAGCAUCUACGUACCACAGGGACGUUGGUAUGACUGGUACACCGGUGAUGUAGCUGCGGAGGAGGGGAGGUCCUACCUGCAUAUCCCCAUCAGCCCGGACUCCCAAAUCCCCCUGCAUGUGCGCGGAGGUCAUGUCCUGCCUCUCCAAGACUCUGCCAACAACACACACUUCAGUCGCCAGACGCCAUUCACCCUGAUUGUCGCCCUGGGAGAAAUGGAGGACCAAGGGUUGCAGGCCAGGGGGGAGCUGUUUUGGGAUGACGGGGAGGAGAUAGAUACUUACGAGAAAGGCAACUACUAUCAUGCCGUGUUUGACUGUAAAGAGAACAAGCUGACUAUGAACGUCACACAGGCCAUGGUGGGUAUGGAGGCUCUGAGGUUGCAGAUGGUGGAGGUAUGGGGGUUGCCAGGGAUGAUACGCACCGUCACCAUCAACGCCACAAGUCACGACAGCUUCGUCCAGAAUAAGACACUCGUCAUUUCAUCCCUUGACCACCGAAUGUCGGACAAUCUCGAGAUAUCCUGGACGUAAAUAAAGGGAAGCUGAAUCAGAGAAUGGAUGCCAUUUUCAUCAUCACUUCAUCAUCACUUCAACAAGUAUAUAUUUGAGUAUAAAUUUUGUCAUUAACGAUGGCUGAAAUUUAAAGUAAUUAUUUUUUCGAAAUAUUAAAUAUUUUACAUGAAAAUCGUACACAUUUGUACUUUGAAGAUUCACCUGGUAGGGAAUCAUGCAUUUGUAUUAAUUAAUAUUUGAUUUAUUCUCUUUGUACGUAAUCAUGUAUAAUGCACAUAUUACUUAUAAUUUUGUCAACAAAGCAUACCGGAAUGUUACCCUUUUCUAACAUUCAAUUCGAUACUUUUCUAAUAUUCAAUUCGAUACUUUUCUAACAUUCAAUUCGAUACUUUCAAUCCAUAAUUUAGGUUUUCUUAGGCAUUUUUGUGAACUAUAAAGGGAGUUUUAUAUUCAUCGUUUUUAGAGGAAUCAUAAAGCAUUUGCCUUACUAAUAAGAGAGAUUCGCAAUGAUGCCAUAAACUCAUAUGAAG